AUGUACCCAAAUAUGAAGGCGAUCAAUCGUCUGUUGCAGGCCAUUCAUGUUUUCAGGGGGGUUACGCAUCAAUCCCAAAAGUUCUUAAGCGAACAAUUUGUCAAUCCUUCAGUAACUGUGGAGCAACUGGAAAAAACUGGCGAAAUGGUACGAUCCAUUUGUCAGCCCAAAUUUAAAAUCUCUGAUGAAGAGGCUUUAAAUUACCGGAAAGGAAUUUUCGGUCAGACAAAGGAUUCUAAGUGCUACGUUAACUGCAUCUUUGAGAAUAUGCAAUCAAUGAAGAGGGGAAAAUUCCAAGUGGACUCUUCGAAGAAGCAGGCUGAUCUCCUUCUUCCUGAUGACAUCAAAGGGCCUACCAUUGACGCCAUGGAGGCAUGCAGAGGCUGCACGGAUGGCAUUAAGGACCACUGUGAUGCUGCUUUUGUCCUUCUAGAGUGUCUUCUUAAAAACAACAAAAAUUUCUUCUUCCCUUAA